CUUCCUUUUUUGACUGUUUCUUCCUGCCGUUCCUACUUCUUAAUCUCAUCCAACCUCUCCCCCCACCCCACGUCCACACGCAGCAUCCAGAUUCCGUCGAACCCUCCGCCGCGGAGCCCUGAUUCCCUCGCGCAAUUCCGCCGAGCCGCCGCGGGAUCUCGCCGCCAAUGGCCGACAAGGAGGAGAAACCGGAGCCGGAGACGGAGGAGCAGCGGGAGCAGGAGGAACAGGAGGAGGAGUACGAGAGCGACCUCGACGACUUGCCGCUCCCGGCCGUGAGGCGCCGGGCCGAGGCGAGCGACGAGGAAGAGGAGGAGGAGGACGACGAGGAGGUCCCCUUGCCGCGGAGGAAGGCCGGAUCCGACGCGGACUCCGACGGGCAGGGCGCCGCCGAGGUGUACGAUGAGGAAUACGAGGAGGUGUACGAGGACUUCGAGCAAGGGCGCGGCGGGGCGGUUGCCGCGGCGCCGAGGGAGGCCGGUGCGGUCAACGGGGCAGGGGAGGCUGGGGAGGAGGCCGCGGAGGGGGAGGGGGAGGAGGGGAAGAAGGAGGCCGAGCCCUUCGCCGUGCCGACGGCGGGCGCCUUCUACAUGCACGACGACCGCUUCCAGGAGGCCCGCGGCCGUGGGCGUGGCAGGAGAAUUUUGAGUGAUAGAAAUUUGUGGAAUCCUAAAGAGGAGCAAGCGUGGGUUCAUGACAGAUAUGAUGAGAUGCAUCCACGCGGUUAUCAUAAUGGCAAUAUAAGAAAUCCGAGAGGCCGCUCUAGAGGGCGUGGUAACCUACCUGGCGGUAGGACUCGUGGUGGUAGCCGUGGUAAUUUCAGAGGCAACAGGUCACGAGCACAUGAUGAUAACCAGAACUACAGUUAUGUUCCCAAGGGAACGCAUGUUGCCAGUGAUAAUAUGAAGAAUCCAAGACCAGAUCCACAUGCGAAUGGGAAGAACAGAGCUUCCAAACCGUCUCAUUCUCAUAAUGAUGAUGUUGAUAGCUUGAACAUGGUUCCAAAAGAAUCUCGCACUUACAAUGACAAUUCCAGAAGUAACAAGGACACACCAAGAGUGAGUCGAGGCAGAGGCUCUAAGCGUUACCAACCACGUUCGAGGAGUACCACUGAGAUUUCGUCAGAGCAAAAUAAUAGAUCACAGAAUCCUGAAAAUGCCCUGUCAAACGCAAAACUGGGUAGACACCAGCCUCAGAAUUCAAAUUCUCGGCCUGAACAAGGUUUUCCAAAUAAGCAAUCCUUUGCAUCAAACUUGAGUUCAGCUUCGCCGCCCUUUUACCCUUCUCGGCCAUCACAACCCAGUACUACUAGUGGACCGUUCUCACUCCCCAAUGUGAUGGAGCGUGUUUCUCCAACCCCACAAUAUGCCCCCUUGUCGAGAGGGAAGGCUUUUGUACCAUCUGUUGGGCAUGGCAAGUUGGUUGUUGAAGGCCCUAUAAAGGGCAUUGAUAGCCCUGGAUCACAUUUGUCUCCAUCAUCGUCAAAUAACCAAUCUCCGCCAGUUUUGACUGAAGACGCUGAAACUUAUUCACCUCAUGGAUCAAACAAGGCUACUACUCGAUGGGCGGUAAAGGGACAACAUGGUGACCAAGGAGAAGAGCGUGCUUCCUUUCUCUAUGGCAGAGGUCAUGUUCCCGGGGUUACAGGAAGUCUUUCUCUUGGUGAUCAGGGUUUCCAUGGCACCCCAGCGCUCUUUCCAGUCAUGCAGUUUGGAGGCCAGCAUCCAGGUGGACCUGGUGUUCCUUCGAUUGGUAUGGCUCUACCAGGAUUUGUGUCUCAGCAACAACUUGGCCUCAACAAUUCUGAGAUGGCUUGGCUACCAAUAUUGGCUGGUUCCGCUGGAGGCUUAGGACCGACUUAUGGCUCGCCUUAUAUAGCCAUGGAUGGCAGCUAUUAUUCUCGACCUUCAGAACAGGCAUCUUCACCAGUUUCUCCUAGAGAACCUAGUGCAAGUAAUGCCCCUUCGCAGUUGAAGUCCUCAGAAAUAACAGAUGUUGUAAAUGAUGAGUCUAGUCGACGCCAAAAUAAACCUCGCCGGUACUCGGAGAUGAACUUUGGACAAUGAGCAUACGAUGAUAAUCAAUGAACACUCAUUUGCCAGCUUUGGCUCUUUGCAAGACCUAUUAUCUCAACGAGGUCUUCCUGCAUCCCUGAAACACUUCAGCAUCUGAUCUAUAGCAUUUGUGCUAUUCAGUAUCCAAAAAAUGCCAGGUCUGACAGUUGAAGGUUUUCGAAUCCUCACUGUAAUCACUUGUAGUGAGUAUUCCGAUGGGCUGCUGCUGCGGUGGUGCCAUUUCUUUAUUAGGUGGUACCUCCAUGGCGUUGAUCUUGAUGAUGUGUUGUUAUUGAGCAUCCCAUUGAUUGGCAUACAUGAGUGAAAUAUGAAGGAUGUGACGAAGAAUAUGACCGGCCUCCGCUCUGCAGGCUCUCUCCCAUGGUAUAAGACGAGGGAAUAUAAGUGUUGGUUUUGCUUGUGUGCUUGUCUUUGUGGUACCUGGCUGGCUUGUCAGUUCCCUCCCUGUAAGUGAGCUCUUAUAUUUGUGUGCUGCAUUGUGCUCCAAGAUAGUGUGACAAGUUCAGUAAGAAUCUGAUAUAUAUUUGAGCUAUCCUCAACUUUGUUGUAACAAUGGAUGAUAGCAUUAAAGAUUGAGAAAUGUGCUGUUGA